AAGCGGAAGGUGGUCAUCAGCUGGCGACUGCCUUAGCUGCGUAGCUGCCAUUUUGACGAGAAGCUUUUGGCGAAGCACCUGUGUGUUUGUUGUCUGGCGGCCUGAUUUACACAUAAACAUAUCUCAUCAUGGCUAUGCAAGCAGCGAAACGAGCUAAUAUCCGAUUACCCCCUGAAGUCAACCGAAUCCUGUAUAUCAGGAACCUGCCCUAUAAGAUCACAGCCGAGGAGAUGUAUGAUAUCUUUGGGAAAUAUGGACCAAUACGCCAAAUCAGAACAGGGAACACACCAGAAACAAGAGGAACGGCCUAUGUGGUGUAUGAGGACAUCUUUGAUGCCAAGAAUGCCUGCGACCACCUUUCUGGCUUCAACGUCUGCAACCGCUACUUGGUGGUCCUGUACUACAAUGCAAACAGAGCUUUCCAGAAGAUGGACACAAAGAAGAAAGAGGAACAGUUGAAACUUCUAAAAGAGAAAUACGGCAUCAACACGGACCCUCCAAAGUAAUGGCCUGGAAACUGCGUCUUUUCUCCUCUCACCUCCGUGUCCAGAAUGUGUUUGCCCAUAUGUACAAAUUCAUUUCUUGCUUUGUUGAAUGCCAGCAAUAUUGAGUGUAAUAAUUUUUUUCUGUUAAAAUAUCUUUUGGGCAAUAUAUUUUUACAUGUGUAAACGCUUUGAUAUAUUUAGUCUGAUGGUUUUGUCCUGAGGAGUUCUCAUCAUUUUUUUUUUUUUUUCCCAUCAACCACAAUACCUGCUGUAUCUCAAAAUUAAUCUACCAACUAGAUUUUUAGAAUUGAAAAGACUUAAGAAUUAUGUGUCAGUGGUUGGAAAAUCCAACUUAACAACAAUGAAGCAACAACAGGUUUGACCAGUGUUUUUAUAGUAACUGGGUAUUGUUUCCCACUGUUGUUAAUGUACCGAAGUCUGGUCGUGUUCAUUGUUUCACAAUUUUGUUUGGCCUGUUUCAAUUUGUCAGCAUCCACAUUUUCUCUAAUUAAUUUCUUAUUGUUAAAAGUUGAGCAUAGUCUGGAGUAAAUGUUUUGAAAUCCUCAGCUAAUCAGCCCUGAGAUUGUAAAGUGUACUUUGUAAAAUAAAUGUUCCUUUUAUACAAGCUGUUCA